AUCAAAAUAAUUUCUCUUAAGAAUGACCGAAACAGACUCUUCGAAACUUCCAAAAAUGUCGGAAGCAAUGCAAACCGAAGUAGCCCAACGUGCUGGUUUAAAGCAUGUUGAGACUUUAGAGAAGAACGUUUUGCCAACAAAACAAGAUUUGCAAGAAGAACGUAAUCGUGAAGAUUUGAAGAAAGGAAUUGAAGAUUUUGAUAAAAAUUCGAGUCUGCGACAUGUUGAGGCUGAGGAAAAGAAUGUGUUGCCUACAACACAAGACAUAAUAUCCGAGAAAACACCAAAAAUGGCUGCUGAAUUUGACAAAACUGGGUUAAAACAUGUUGAGCCAAUUGUAAAGACUGGGGUGGAAGGUAGAAAAAAUUUUGGAAGAUUUGAAAAAUAUUUUUUAUUUUUAGUAAUUGAUGAAUAA